AUGUUACCUUGUUUUGCCAUCCGACAUGGAGGAUCUGCACUGCGAUCGUCCGCUAAAAUAUUCGCCGAGCCCACCUAUAGCGCAAGGAAGCUCCAAUCUUCAACCGGCACUGUGAUGCUGGCCAGCCAUAUCAGAUUCAUCUCGGGGUAUUGGGGAGUCAGCUGCAAUCGCAACACCAAUACCAUCAACACAUGCAUGGAGGUAGUGCACAGUCAUUCGUCAGUGCUCCAGUGCAGUCGACAACGGCCUAAGAGCGUUCUUAAUCGUCUCUUUUCGAAAACCUCCGUUAUCAGCAGAAAGAUGGUAGUUAAACUGACUGAGGAGCAGCGUACGGAGCAGUUGAAGCCACUGUUUGCUACCGGCUGGACCAUGGUGGAAGGCCGGGACGCUAUCUACAAGGAGUUUCUAUUUGGUGACUUCAACGAAGCGUUCGGUUUUAUGACGAGAGUGGCGCUGAAGGCAGACAAGAUGGACCACCAUCCAGAGUGGUUCAACGUUUACAAUAAGGUACAGGUUACGCUCGCUACCCACGAUUGUGGUGGUUUGAGCGAGCGUGAUGUUAAGUUGGCCCAGUUCCUCGACAAGGUCGCCGCUGUUACCAAGUAA